CAGGGGGCUAAUACUUCCUGAAGGCCAUAGGUGUAGGCGGAAGCGCCCAGUCCCUAGCUGCACCGGCUCGUGAGGCGGGCAGGAUGAAUGUGGGGGUGGCACACAGUGAAGUAAAUCCCAACACCCGAGUCAUGAGUAGUCGGGGCAUCUGGCUGGCCUACAUCAUCUUAGUAGGGCUGCUGCAUGUGGUUCUACUCAGCAUCCCCUUUCUCAGUAUUCCUGUUGUUUGGACCCUGACUAAUGUCAUCCACAACUUGGCAAUGUAUGUCUUCCUACAUACAGUGAAAGGGACACCCUUUGAAACUCCUGAUCAAGGAAAGGCUCGCUUGUUGACACAUUGGGAGCAGAUGGACUACGGCCUCCAGUUUACCUCUUCCCGAAAGUUCCUUAGCAUCUCUCCUAUUAUACUCUACCUUCUGGCCAGCUUCUACACCAAGUAUGAUGUUGCCCACUUCCUCAUCAACACUAUCUCACUGUUUAGUGUACUGCUGCCUAAGUUGCCCCAAUUCCAUGGGGUUCGUCUCUUUGGCAUCAACAGAUACUGAGGGACAGGGCUGAGGACAACCCCACAGGCAUGGAGAAGGCAGUGGAACAAAGGACCAAAACA